AUGGAGAACAACAACGGGCACGUAAAUGGAGUGGCCACCGAUUUCUGCAUUAAUAAGGACCCAUUGAACUGGGGUGUGGCAGCAGAGGCGAUGACGGGGAGCCAUCUUGAUGAGGUGAAGAGAAUGGUUGCGGAGUUCAGGAAGCCGGUGGUGAAGCUGGGAGGAGAGACUCUGACGGUGUCUCAGGUGGCUGGAAUCGCGGCUGCCGGUGACAGUUCGGUGGUGAAAGUGGAGCUGUCGGAGGCGGCGAGGGCUGGGGUGAAGGCCAGUAGUGACUGGGUGAUGGAGAGCAUGAGCAAAGGAACUGAUAGUUACGGUGUUACCACCGGCUUCGGAGCUACCUCUCACCGGCGGACGAAGCAAGGUGGGGCACUUCAGAAGGAGCUCAUUAGAUUUUUGAACGCCGGAAUCUUUGGCAACGGCACAGAAUCAUGCCACACCCUUCCACAUUCAGCAACAAGAGCAGCCAUGCUAGUAAGAAUCAACACCCUCCUCCAGGGUUACUCCGGCAUCCGUUUCGAGAUCUUGGAGGCCAUCACCAAGUUCCUCAACACCAACGUCACCCCUUGUUUACCUCUCCGUGGCACCAUCACCGCCUCCGGCGACCUUGUUCCCUUGUCCUACAUUGCCGGACUUCUCACCGGUCGUCCCAACUCCAAAGCUGUUGGUCCCAACGGAGAAAUCCUCAAUGCCGAAAAGGCCUUCAGCCUCGCCGGUGUCUCUGGUGGCUUCUUCGAGCUACAGCCUAAAGAAGGUCUAGCACUUGUGAAUGGYACCGCCGUCGGAUCUGGKAUGGCYUCCAUGGUCCUUUUYGAAGCCAAUGUGCUKGCAYUGUURUCGGAAGUCUUGUCSGCCAUUUUUGCCGAGGUUAUGCAAGGGAAGCCGGAGUUUACAGACCACUUAACACACAAAUUGAAGCAUCACCCAGGCCAGAUCGAGGCUGCUGCGAUAAUGGAAUACAUUUUAGACGGAAGUGACUAUGUUAAGGCAGCUCAGAAGCUCCAUGAAAUGGAUCCUUUGCAGAAACCUAAGCAAGACCGAUAUGCUCUAAGGACCUCACCCCAAUGGCUUGGGCCACAUAUUGAGGUUAUCCGAUCGUCAACGAAAAUGAUCGAAAGAGAGAUCAACUCCGUCAACGAUAACCCUUUGAUCGACGUUGCCAGGAACAAGGCCUUACACGGAGGAAACUUCCAAGGAACUCCCAUCGGAGUUUCCAUGGACAACACACGUUUAGCAAUUGCCUCCAUCGGAAAACUCAUGUUUGCUCAAUUUUCAGAGCUCGUAAACGACUUCUACAACAAUGGGUUACCUUCAAAUCUUUCCGGCGGACGGAACCCCAGCUUGGAUUACGGGUUCAAAGGAGCAGAAAUCGCCAUGGCUUCUUACUGUUCCGAACUCCAGUUUCUUGCCAAUCCGGUGACUAACCAUGUUCAAAGUGCCGAACAACACAACCAAGAUGUGAACUCUUUGGGAUUGAUUUCAGCAAGAAAAACAUCCGAAGCCGUUGAAAUCUUGAAGCUCAUGUCAACUUCAUUCUUGGUGGCUCUAUGCCAAUCCAUCGACUUGAGAUAUUUGGAAGAAAACAUGAGAUCCACAGUAAAGAACACCGUGAGCCAAGUAGCCAAAAAGGUCCUAACCAUGGGAGUGAACGGCGAGCUCCACCCCUCUAGGUUCUGCGAAAAGGACUUACUUCGAGUAGUCGAUAGAGAGUACGUCUUUGCAUACAUCGACGACCCUUGCAGCGCCACUUAUCCUUUGAUGCAGAAGCUCCGACAAGUUCUGGUCGAUCACGCCUUAAACAACGGCGAAACCGAGAAGAAUACCAGCACCUCAAUCUUCCAAAAGAUCGGUGCUUUUGAAGACGAACUGAAAGCCAUCUUGCCCAAAGAAGUCGAAGGUGUUAGAACUUCUUACGAAGAUGGUACAUUGGCAAUCCCAAACAGGAUCAAAGCUUGCAGAUCAUACCCAUUAUACAGGUUUGUUAGGGAAGAGCUUGGAACUGGAUUCUUGACAGGUGAGAAGGUGACUUCACCAGGGGAGGAGUUUGAUAAGGUGUUUACAGCAAUGUGCAAAGGCCAAAUCAUCGAUCCAUUGCUGGAAUGUGUUGAGGGCUGGAAUGGUGUUCCUCUUCCAAUCUCUUAGAAUCUGCAAUCCUGCAAUUUCAAACCUUCUUUUUUCUAUUUUUGGUUAAAUUUAGGGCUCAAACUUGUACUUUUUCUGUUAUUAACGAGUCAUCAAAGACUUUUGUUGUGUUAUACGUAUUCCAUUGUCAUGAAUUUAUGAUCAUAAAGACCACCCUUAUGUAAGACUGUGACAUAUCAAUACAAUACAAGCAUAUUUGGAUGCACUUGUC